AUGCUCGAUCUGCAGCGACAUGCAGACUGCCCUUUAUGGGACGCUCUUGCCAGCCCAGUGGUUCCUUGGCCAGGGAUGCGAUACGCCUGUGUGAAAGUCCUGCACGCCUACUGUAAAGUGUUCGACAAACAGGAACUCUACGAUCUGAUAGUAAGGAAAACGUGCCAGGAGUGCAAGUGCCCGAGGGAAACACACGCUGUAUACCAUGAACAGCUGACUACGGUGCGGGAACGGCUCGGGUUUAAGCAUGACACAAACACGUCCAGGGUGGAUCCGCGCCAGAUGGGCUACACCUGGGUACCGCCAGGCAUUCUAACAUCAGCCAAGAUACAGCGAUACUUUGAUGUGAUACCACCGGAGAAGGUGCCUAAAAUAGGCACACAAGGUGAACGAUUCCGUGACAAGCAGUUGGUGUAUCAGUUGCCAAAGCAGGACCUUGCUCUCGACUACUGCAAGCACGUGGAAGACCAGAACCGUAGUUCGUACGAAGAUUUUGUUGCGGCCAGAAACGAGAUUGCGUUAGAUAUUGGCUAUGUGAAAGACACACCACAGGCAACGAAAUGCGCCGGUUGCAACGAUACGCUCAACCAGGGUGAAAUGGCUGUGACUGCACCGAAGUUCCGUGAGCAAACGCUGUGGCACCCGCGUUGCUUCAAAUGUACGACCUGUGAUGAACUGCUGGUCGAUCUGACCUACUGUGUGCACGAUGACCAGAUCUACUGUGAGCGACAUUACGCGGAAAUGCUGAAGCCACGCUGCAGUGCCUGUGACGAGCUUAUUUUCAGUGGCGAGUACACCAAAGCUAUGUCGAAGGACUGGCAUUCGGGUCACUUCUGCUGCUGGCAGUGUGACGAAAGUCUUACCGGCCAACGGUACGUGCUGCGAGACGAACAUCCAUACUGCAUCAAGUGCUAUGAGAACGUGUUCGCCAACGUGUGUGAGGAAUGCAACAAGACCAUCGGCAUCGACUCGAAGGAUCUCUCGUACAAGGAUAAGCACUGGCACGAGGCCUGUUUCCUGUGCAACAAAUGCCGCAUCUCGCUGGUAGACAAACAGUUUGGUUCGAAGGCGGACAAGAUCUACUGUGGCAACUGUUACGAUGCCCAGUUUGCCUCUCGUUGCGAUGGCUGCGGUGAAAUCUUCCGUGCAGGCACGAAGAAGAUGGAGUACAAAACCAGACAGUGGCACGAAAAGUGUUUCUGCUGCUGCGUGUGCAAAACCGCCAUCGGCACAAAGUCGUUUAUUCCUCGCGAGCAGGAGAUCUACUGUGCCGGCUGCUACGAGGAGAAGUACGCCACCCGAUGCAUCAAAUGCAAGAAGAUCAUCACGAGCGGUGGUGUAACGUACAAGAACGAACCAUGGCACCGUGAGUGUUUCACGUGCACGCACUGUCAGGUAUCGCUUGCUGGCCAGCGCUUCACAAGCCGCGACGAGAAACCCUACUGUGCCGAAUGUUUUGGGGAACUGUUCGCGAAGAGAUGCACCUCCUGUACCAAGCCCAUCACUGGCAUUGGCGGUACACGCUUCAUCUCGUUCGAGGAUCGCCACUGGCACAACGAUUGUUUCAUUUGUGCCAUGUGCAAAACGUCGCUGGUUGGGCGCGGUUUCAUCACCGACGAGCAGGACGUCAUCUGUCCGGAGUGCGCUAAGCAGAAGCUGAUGUAAA